UUACAUCAGGACUUUACCUCAGAAAAAACAUGCAUCAAAUUGUUUAAUAGUAAUAUUUCUAGUUUCCCCCACGGGAAUGUACAUUGUGGGAAAGCACUUGAUGAGAAACCAUGAACAUGUCGGGAACCUGAAACCUAACAUUUUAAUCCAGUGUUUCUGACUGGGUGAACCAUAAAGGACAAAGACACUUGAGAUUGAGAUCAAUGGAGAUUUUUCUCCAGGAUUCAGAGGCAGAUCAAUCUCACCACAGUCCAGCUGUGUGUCCAUAAAGAGUGACCGGACUAUGAUAGAGCCAGUGACAUUCAAGGGAAAACACUCUGAGAUUUACCCGAGCAGCUCCAUGAAGACUGAAUGAAUCAUGGAUGACACACAGACAUUCAGCCGUGGAGAUUUUUCUCCAGGAUGCAGUCAAUUUGAGGGUGACAAAUCAAUCUCACCAGAGCCCACCUGUGUAUCUGUGAAGAGUGACUGGUCUAUGGACAAUCCAGAAGAAUUCAAGGAAAAACACACAUCAACUGAUUUGAGUGAACAGCCUGUGGACACUCGAGGAACAUUUAGUGGAAGACGCAUGUCAUCUAAUCUGAAUCAUGAUUCUCAAUUGGUCCAAAGCACAUUUAAAUCAAAUCUGCUGAAGAAGUUUCAGUGUCUUUGUGAAGGAACAGCAAAGCAGGGAAACCCAACACUCCUGAAUGAGAUCUACACAGAGCUCUACAUCACAGAGAGUGAAAGUGGAGAGGUCAAUAAUGAACAUGAGGUGAGACAGAUUGAGACACAAUCCAGGAGAGCAGCAACAGAAGACACACCAAUCAAAUGCAAUGACAUCUUUAGACCUUUACCUGGACAAGACAAACCCAUCAGAACUGUGCUGACAAAGGGAGUCGCUGGCAUUGGAAAAACAGUCUCUGUGCAGAAGUUCAUCCUGGACUGGGCUGAAGGGAAAGAGAAUCAGGACAUCCAGCUCAUAUUUCCACUUCCUUUCAGAGAGCUCAACUUGAUGAAGGACAAAACACCCAGUCUUUCAGAUCUUCUUCAUCUCUUUUUCCCUGAAACAAAAGAAAUUGAAAUAUCCAGUAAAGAAUAUAAAGUGCUGUUCAUUUUUGAUGGUCUGGAUGAGUGUCACCUGUCUCUGAACUUUAAGAGCAAAGUGAAACUGUGUAAUAUAUCUGAAUCAGCCUCAGUGGAUGUGCUGCUGAUGAACCUCAUUGUGGGAAAUCUGCUUCCUUCUGCUCUCAUCUGGAUCACCUCCAGACCCGCAGCAGCUGAUUUCAUCCCUUCUGAGUGUGUCCAUCGAGUGACAGAGGUACGAGGCUUCAAUGAGCCACAGAAGGAGGAAUACUUCAGGAAGAGAAUCAGUGAUCAGAGUCUGGCCAAUUUAAUCAUCACACACCUGAAGUCAUCAAGGAGCCUCCACAUCAUGUGCCACAUCCCAGUGUUCUGCUGGAUCUCAGCCACUGUUCUAGAGAAGAUGUUGACUGAAGCAGAGAGUGGAGAGAUUCCCAAGACUCUCACUCAAAUGUACACACACUUCCUGAUCAUUCAGACCAACGUCAAACAAGAGAAGGACUAUGAGAAUGAUGUGAAGGAUGAAGACAUGAUUCUCAAACUGGGUAAACUGGCUUUCCAGCAGCUUGUGAAAGGCAACCUGAUCUUCUAUGAAGAAGACCUGAGAGAGUGUGGUAUUGAUGUGACAGAAGCAUCAGUGUACUCAGGAUUGUGCACUCAGAUCUUCAGAGAGGAAUUUGGCUUGUAUCAGGGGAAAGUCUUCUGCUUUGUUCAUCUGACCAUCCAGGAACAUCUAGCAGCUGUUUGUGUGCACCGCUCCAUUACAAACAACUGCAUAAAUAUAAUGAAAGACAUUUCCUGGGUGUCAUUUAAUCCAAUGUAUUGCCUCCAUCAGAGAGCUGUGGAUGAGGCUUUACAGAGUAAGAAUGGACAUCUGGAUCUUUUCCUGCGUUUCCUUUUAGGUCUCUCAUUAGAGUCCAAUCAGACUCUCUUACGAGAACUAUUGACACAGAUAGGAAGCUGCUCCUACAACAAAGAGGAAACAGUUCAGUACAUCAAAAAGAAGAUCAGGAAGAAUCAUUCUCCAGAGAGAUCCAUCAAUCUGUUCCACUGCCUGAAUGAACUGGGUGAUGAUUCACUGAUGCAGGAGAUCCAAGAUUAUCUGAAAUCUGGAAAAAUAAAAGAAACCAAACUCUCCUCUUUACAGUGGUCAGCUCUGGUUCAUGUGUUGCUGACAUCAGAGCAGAAAAUGGAUGUUUUUGAUCUAAAACAGUUUAUAGGAGCACAAAAUGCAGCAGAUGAAGUUCUUCAGAAGCUGCUGCCUGUGGUUAAAGAAUCCAGAUCAGUUUGGUUGAGGAAUUGUGGUGUUACAGAUGAAGGUUGUGCUGCUCUGGCUACAGCUCUGAGAUCAAAGCCCUCACACCUGAGAGAACUGAAUCUGACUGGAAAUAAACUAGGAGACUCAGAAGUGAAUCUGCUGUCUGAUGGACUGAAGGAUCCUCACUGUAAACUGGAAGUACUGUGGUUGUAUAAUUGUGGCGUCACAGUUGAAAGUUGUGCUGUUCUGGCUUCAGCCCUGAGAUCAAACCCCUCACACCUGAGAGAACUGGAUCUGUCAUUGAAUAAACUAGGAGACUCAGGAGUGACGCUGCUUUCUGAUGCACUGAAGUUUCACUGUAAACUGGAGAAACUGUGGUUGAGUGAUUGUGGUCUCAGAGAUGAAGGUUGUGCUGCUCUGGCUUCAGCUCUGAGAUUAAACCCCUCACACCUGACAUAUCUGGAUCUGACUGGAAAUGAAAUGGGAGAUUUUGGAGUCAAGAAGCUUUCUGAUGUACUGCAGGAUCCUCACUGUAAGCUGGAAAAACUGUGGUUGAGUUAUUGUGGUGUUACAGAUGAAGGUUGUGCUGCUCUGGCUUCAGCUCUGAGAUCAAACCCCUCACACCUGAGAUAUCUGGAUCUGUCAGGAAAUAAACUAAUAGACUUAGGAAUGAAGCUGCUGUCUGAUCUAAAGAAAGACACUUCUGAAUGGAACAUGGAUAGGGUUUUGGCGGGUUCUUCUAUGGUCAAUUUAAGGGUAACAGAUCGAUCUCAUGAGCCCAGCUGCAUGUCCCUGAAGAGUGACGAGUCUAUGAUAAAGCCAAUAACAUUUAAGGGAAAACACACAUCAGCUGAUCUGAGUGAACUGUCUAUGGACACUCAAGGAACAUUUAGGGGAAGACACAUGUCAUCUAAUCUGAGUCGUAAUUCUCAACUAGUCCAAAGCACAUUUAAAUCAAAUCUGCUGAAGAAGUUUCAGUGUCUGUAUGAAGGAACAGCAAAGCAGGGAAACCCAACACUCCUGAAUGAAAUCUACACAGAGCUCUACAUCACAGACAGUGAAAGUGGAGAGAUCAAUAAUGAGCAUGAGGUGAGACAGAUUGAGACACAAUCCAGGAAAGCAACAACAGAGGACACACCAAUCAAAUGCAAUGACAUCUUUAGACCUUUACCUGGACAAGACAAACCCAUCAGAACUGUGCUGACAAAGGGAGUCGCUGGCAUUGGAAAAACAGUCUCUGUGCAGAAGUUCAUUGUGGACUGGGCUGAAGGGAAAGAGAACCAGAAUGCCCAUCUCAUAUUUCCACUUCCUUUCAGAGAGCUCAACUUAAUGAAGGACAAAGCACUCAGUCUUUCAGAUCUUCUUCAUCUCUUUUUCCCUGAAACAAAAGAAAUUGAAAUAUCCAGUGAAGACUAUAAAGUGUUGUUCAUCUUUGAUGGUCUGGAUGAGUGUCGCCUGUCUCUGAAUUUUACGAGCAAAGUGAAAAUGUGUAAUAUAUAUGAAUCAGCCUCAGUGAACGUGCUGCUGAUGAACCUCAUUGUGGGAAAUCUGCUUCCCUCUGCUCUCAUCUGGAUCACCUCCAGACCCGCAGCAGCUGAUUUCAUCCCUUCUGAGUGUUUCCAUCGAGUGACAGAGGUACGAGGCUUCAAUGAGCCACAGAAGAAGGAAUACUUCAGAAAGAGAAUCAGUGAUCAGAGUCUUGCCAAUAAAAUCAUCACACACCUGAAAUCCUCAAGGAGCCUCCACAUCAUGUGCCACAUCCCAGUAUUCUGCUGGAUCUCAGCCACUGUUCUAGAGAAGAUGUUUUGUGAAGCAGAGAGUGGAGAGAUUCCAAAGACACUCACUCAAAUGUACACACACUUCCUGAUCAUUCAGACCAGCAUCAAACAUGAGAAGGACUAUGAGAAGAAAGAUGAAGACAUGAUUGCCAAACUGGGAAAACUGGCUUUUCAGCAGCUUGUGAAAGGCAACCUGAUCUUCUAUGAGCAAGACCUGAGAGAGUGUGGCAUUGAUGUGACAGAAGCAUCAGUGUACUCAGGAUUGUGCACUCAGAUCUUCAGAGAGGAGUUUGGUUUGUAUCAGGGGAAAGUCUUCUGCUUUGUUCAUCUGAGCAUCCAGGAACAUCUAGCAGCUCUAUAUGCUCACAUUUACUUUAUAAAGAAGAACAGAAAUGCAUUUUUUCAAAUAUCCAAACCAAGUUUCUUGUCUAAGGUUUUAAACCGGAAGAAAUGUCAUUCAUUAUCUGAGUUUCAUGAGAGAGCUGUGGAUGAGGCUUUACAGAGUAAGAACGGACAUCUGGACCUUUUCCUGCGUUUCCUUUUGGGUCUCUCAUUGGAGUCCAAUCAGACUCUCUUACGAGAACUACUGACAAAGACAGGAAACUACUCCUACAACAAAGAGGAAACAGUUGAGUACAUCAAACAGAAGAUCAGGGAGAAUCGCUCUCCAGAGAGAUCCAUCAAUCUGUUCCACUGUCUGAAUGAACUGGGUGAUGAUUCACUGGUGCAAGAGAUACAAGAUUAUCUGACAUCUGGAAAAAUAAGAGAAACCAAACUCUCAUCUUCACAGUGGUCAGCUCUGGUUUAUGUGCUGCUGACAUCAGAGCAGAAGAUGGAUGUUUUUGAUCUAAAAAAGUUUACUGGAGCACAAAAUACAGCAGAUGAAGUUCUUCAGAAGCUGCUGCCUGUGGUUAAAGAAUCCAGAUCAGUUCAGUUGAUUGGUUGUGGUGUCACAGAUGAAGGUUGUGCUGCUCUGGCUUCAGCGCUGAGAUCAAACCCCUCACACAUGAGAGAACUGAGUCUGUCUGGAAAUAAACUAGGAGCAUCAGGAGUGAAUCUGCUAUCUGAUGGACUAAAGGAUCCUCACUGUAAACUGGAAACAAUGUGGUUGAGUUAUUGUGGUGUCACAGAUGAAGGUUGUGCUGCUCUGGCUUCAGCUCUGAGAUCAAACCCCUCGCACCUGAGAAAACUGGAUCUGACUGGAAAUAAACUAGGAGACUCAGGAGUGAAUAUGCUCUCUGAUGCACUGAAGGAUCCUCACUGUAAACUGGACACACUGGGGUUGAUUGAUUGUGGUGUCACAGAUGAAGGCUGUGCAGCUCCAGCUUUAGCUCUGAGAUCAAACCCCUCACACCUGAGAAAACUGAGUCUGUCAUUGAAUAAAUUAAAAGACUCAGGAGUGAAUCUGCUUUCUGCUGGACUGAAGGAUCCUCACUGUAAACUGGAGAAACUGUGGUUGAGUGAUUGUGACAUUACAAAUGAAGGUUGUGCUGCUCUGGCUUCAGCUCUGAGAUCAAACCCACACCUAAGAGAACUGGAUCUGUCAUGGAAUAAACUAAGAGAUUCAGGAGUGAAUCUGCUUUCUGAUAAACUGAAGGAUCCUCACUGUAAACUUGAGAUACUGAAGUUGUAUGAUUGUGACCUUACAGAUGAAGGUUGUGCUGCUCUGGCUUCAGUUCUGAGAUCAAACCCCUCAUACCUGAGAGAACUGGAUCUGAAAGGAAAUAAAUUAAGAGACUCUGGAGUGAAUCUGCUCUCUGAUGGACUGAAGGAUCCUCACUGUAAACUGGAGAAACUGAAGUUGAGUGAUUGUGGUGUUACUGAUGAAGGUUGUGCUGCUCUGGCUUCAGCUCUGAGAUCAAACCCCUCACAUCUGAAAUAUCUGGAUCUGUCACUGAAUAAACUCAGAUACUUAGGAGUGAAGCUGCUCUCUGAUCUGAAGGAUGAUCCACAUUAUAAACUGGAGGUGCUUAAGUUUUAGAUGUUAACAUAACCUUCUUUGGAACAGCAUAUGGUGAAUAAA